GAGCGUGACCGCUCUCAGGCUUCUCUCUGGUGAUAGAUGCCCUGGGGACGGAAACCUGCUCAGUUGAGGAACUAAAAUAUAAAUGCGAUGCAUCAUAUUUUCCAAUAAACUGUCGGAUUUAAUAUUCGAUGCGAUAAAAAAAUCUGAUGCACAACUGCACCCUAAUGCACAUAUUCGCACAUUGAGAUGCUGUCGACUGCGAAAGCGAAAGGUGGCCUGUUUCUCGCCUCAUCCCUCUGCGAUGGUCUCGAGGACAAUAACAUAAGGCAAGUGGCAACCCUCCUGUUAAAUAAGGACGCGGAUCCCAAUAUUUUAAUUCCCACGCACGGAGUCACUCCGUUUCACCUAGUCAUCGGCAAUGACUCGGAAGAGUUCGCUGAGGAAGUCACUAAACUAUUCUUACGUCACGGCGGCAAUCCCAAUGUCAGGUCGAACGACGGAAUGACUCCCGUUCAUGUGGCAGCGGCCUGGGGAAGAUCGAGUAUAUUGGAGUUGCUCUUAGCAAACGGUGGUGAUCCGUUGCGCUUGGACAACGAUGGACGCACUCCGUUUCAUUAUGCUUUUGACGAGAAGUACUUCAAAGUUAUAACAUUGCUCUCGAAGUAUUGCGAGAACAUUCAGGACAAGGAUGACGAGCCGAAGUAUAAUAUGGUACUAGAUAAAGUUUUAAUUAGCAACGGGGAUAUAAUUGCCGAAUAUGUUGCAUCAAAAGACGCAGCGGUACGUGUAGAUAUAGGUAAUAUGACAAGGAGGAUCGUGCUUACUGAUCUUUCCAAUUGUAAAUCGAGUUCCCCCUCAAUCAACGUAGUAUUGAGCAGCGUGUCGAGUACAUGUGAUAUUACUGAAACUGAGUACAAAUCAUUGAGCAGUGUAAGCGAACGUCCCUUCAGAAUUGAUAGCGCAACAAUUGCUCAAACGCUGAAUGAUCUUUCGCAAACCGAUAAGAAGGUAACGUCGAGCUGCUCAUUCACUGAUCUCGACUUUGACUUCGCAAAUCUCUGUCUUACUGACGUCAUGCGAAAGGAAAAGUGCUUCGUCAGUCAGAUCAUUAAUCAUCUCUCGACGUCGCUAGCAAGCGACCGCAGCGUUAAUGAGACUCUGCACAACUACAAGAAGAUCAAGCAAGAGGAAGACACAAGCGAGCUCGACAGGUCGUUCCUACUCGACGAAGAUGCGUCAUUUCACAAAUGUGACUAUUACAGGAAGCCAAAGGGUUUCUCGCCCAAAUUAAAGAACAAUCGCACUCCCACUGUGAAAAGGUGGUCGAAGCGCGGUACGCAAAGCGCCUGCAAAAAGAAGUGCAAGAUGUUGGAUAAAGCGCCCGCUUGCGCUUUGGAUAACUCGAUAAUCAGCAUGUCACCAAACUUUCAUACACCAAAUCAUAAAAGGAAAAGGAACAUCGCCAAGACUCCGUUGACACCGUCGCACAUUUUCAAUGACUCUAUCAUUAGCAGGUCGCCUAACUUCGCGACGCCCAUCUGCGCGUGCAGGACAAGAAAUCUAGCGAGAUCAUCGCACGUCAGCGACUAUUUUCCCUCGAGGAAGGUGUUCAAGACGCCCCACGAGCACGAAGAUCGAUAUGUCGAGUUCAAUCAGUCGAAUUUAAUCAAGAAGCGUAUUGCUCAGUCAACGCCAAGGAGGAGGAAAAAAUCGAUAUACAAGCUUCAUUCUGCUAGGAAAAGAUUCGAGUUUCAUCGGCACGAGGGCGACAUCGUUUCCGACGAGUUCACUACCAGUAGCUCGUUAAAGCCGGUCAACUUGGAUAAAACUAUUUUCUCAGCCGAGGAGGUGACUUGUCAUGCUACUGUUGAUUCGUGCAGCGAAUAUCCAUCGUUAUAUUCUCAGGAGCCUUCGCAGCACAAUUAUAGUAAUCAAUUGACGAUGCAGCUGAGUGAAAAAAAAUAUAACAAAGGUAGUAUAAUGCGUAACGACAAUUUGAAUCAGCUAAACAAAAUAGAUCAAGUAGAUCUGAGCAACAGUUUCAAUCAAACGGAGAGAGAGAAUGAAUUCGCUAACAGUUUCGGCGACGAUAAAAGAUACAUCAAAUCCGAGAAUAAUCAAAUGGACGCUGAACUUAUAAAAGUCAGAAGAGAUUUAUUUAAAACUGAUAACGCACUGGAAGCGAUUGAUACUUCCGUCAAUAAUGUUAAAUCUGCACGUACGACCGACUGCGUUGACUGUGAUACAAAGAAACUAUUAAACGAGGAUCUAAAUAUGAAUAUAAAUAAGACUUGUAAGCACGAGAAAAAUUGGUGCGAUGAUAAAUUUCACGAAAAUCCGUCACAUAAAUCAGUUGCAGAGAAUAAUCCGCCGCUCACCUGCAGACCCCUAAAUUUACCCGCGAUGUGUGAGAAACAAGUACAUUUAUCGGAUCUCCUGCGAUCAAGUUCCUUGAAGAUAGCCAGGGACAGCAGUGAUUCCAAGAGGACAGAAAAUCUGCCCCGAGCCAAAGAUUUCGAUCUAAACAUGUGCAACGUUGAAAAGAAUUCGUCUCUGCUCUCGUACAUUAGUACUCAAGAGGAAUACAAGUACGAGGAUCUGGAAGAAGGCGUGAUUUUAUUGGAACGGCGACUUUGCGUUACUCCGUUUAGUAACUUCAGUGAUAGCGAAUGCGAUGUCAAGAGUGGAACAGCUACACCUGAUGAUGCUGCCAGUGCGUCUUGCCACAGUUUACCGAAGGAACUGGUAAUCAUGGAUGACGCCACUCUUAGAAGAGAACUUGAACGGCUGGGCACCCAACCUGGACCGAUCACCAGUACAACGAGGCAAGUUUAUCUGAAUCGUCUUAUGCGCCUGAGGAACGUCCAAGAUAACGCCGUUCCGUCAACAAUCUCGCCAAGUACCUCGGCGACAUCUGCGGCACCGAGCAACCAGGUGCAAAUCCCGCCGCAUUUGCAGCUCGGAGAUUGGUUAAAUCAUCUGGAUACCUACAAGAGCUGGGAGAGGCAGGCGUUUCAAGCGUUUGCGUCGCCGGAUCCGACUCGGAGGUGGCGCGAGAGCACGUCGAAGACAUCCUUCACCUACCUGCUGUUGGACCCGCGCGUGACGCAAGACUUGCCAAAUCGUUGCACUGGUCUCGCCGAGUCCGAGACGUGGUCGAUCUUCCUCAACGCUAUAUUUUACGUCGGGAAGGGCAAGCGUUCCAGACCUUUCGCGCAUCUCUACGACGCUUUCAACACGUGGGUAGGGAAACCAGUUAGCACCAACAAGAAGAUCAGCCGCAUUCUUGAUAUAUGGAACAGCGAUCACGGUGUGAUCUGCCUGCACGUCUUCCAAAAUGUUAUUCCGGUUGAAGCCUACACGAGGGAAGCCGUCAUGAUAGACGCGAUAGGUAAGGAGCAGCUGGAGAAUUGCAAGGGUGGCGAGUACUACGGCAUCGCAGCCACGUGGAGCAUUCAACAGAAGCAGGAAUUCGGUAGAUAUUUGUUGUACAAAGCUCUGCAAAUUCUACUGCACGAGGGGGAGAGCCAGUUGCUUCCCUGCAAUUUGUAGUAAUCGAGCAUGCAUAAUAAGUUGACGAAGGCAGAUGUGAUAUGACAAAUUAAUUGAAAUAUCGUGCCAAAGAUUCUAUGUAGACAUCAAUAUAGCAAUUAAUUGUGUAUAAAAUUUGAUCAAGUAAUGAAAGUUAUGUUGCCGCGUGUGUGUGUGUGUGUGUGUGCCGAUUAAUUAUGAUGUUGGAGUAUAAUUACAGGCAAUUUGAUAAAACAUGUAUAUAGAUAUAUGUAAGAUAUUUUCAAAGAAGAAGAGACAUCAAGGAGCGUUAGUUUGAAAAAGUGAGUUACAUCACAAGUGGAGCACAUACAUGUAAUGUAAAUAUAAUAUAAUAAUGACUAAUGAA